GGCUUGGAGCCCGCGAAGAGGACUAGGAGGAAGGCGCCGCCGUGGCCGCGGCCGCAGUGCUCCGGGCGCGACGAACCAUGAGCAGCGGCCCCGCGAGCGACCCCGCUGUCGCUGGCCGCCGCUGAGCCCGGCCGGGGGACGGCUCGCCGCUCCCCAGCACCCUCCGCAGCCGGCACCCUCGCGCCCAGAGAAACAUGAUUCCGGUGACAGAGUUCCGGCAGUUCUCUGAGCAGCAGCCUGCCUUCCGGGUGCUGAAGCCGUGGUGGGAUGUGUUUACCGAUUACCUGUCCGUGGCCAUGCUGAUGAUCGGUGUGUUCGGAUGCACUUUGCAGGUCAUGCAAGACAAGAUAAUCUGCCUUCCAAAAAGAGUGCAGCCUUCUCAGAACCACUCUUCCAUUUCGAAUGUCUCUCAACCAGUGGCCAGUACCACCCCACUGCCUCCACCAAAACCAUCUCCUACUAACCCGGUGACUGUGGAAAUGAAAGGACUGAAGACAGAUCUGGACCUUCAGCAGUACAGCUUUAUUAACCAGAUGUGUUACGAGCGAGCCCUCCACUGGUACGCCAAGUAUUUCCCUUACCUUGUCCUCAUCCAUACCCUGGUCUUCAUGCUCUGCAGCAACUUUUGGUUCAAAUUCCCUGGCUCCAGCUCCAAAAUAGAACAUUUCAUCUCAAUCCUGGGGAAGUGUUUUGACUCUCCCUGGACCACACGGGCUUUAUCUGAAGUGUCUGGGGAGGACUCAGAAGAAAAGGACAACAGGAAGAACAACAUGAGCAGGUCCAACACCACCCAGUGUGGUCCCGAAGGUAGCCUGGUCAACUCUCAGUCUUUAAAGUCAAUUCCUGAGAAGUUUGUGGUCGACAAAUCCACUGCAGGGGCUCUGGAUAAGAAGGAGGGUGAGCAAGCAAAGGCUUUAUUUGAGAAGGUGAAGAAGUUCAGGCUGCAUGUAGAAGAAGGUGAUAUAUUAUAUGCUAUGUAUGUUCGCCAGACUGUACUUAAGGUUAUAAAAUUCCUAAUCAUCAUUGCGUAUAACAGCGCCCUGGUUUCCAAAGUCCAGUUUACAGUGGACUGUAAUGUUGACAUUCAGGACAUGACUGGAUAUAAAAACUUUUCUUGCAAUCAUACCAUGGCCCACUUGUUCUCAAAACUCUCCUUUUGCUACCUGUGCUUUGUAAGUAUCUACGGAUUGACGUGCCUUUAUACCUUAUACUGGCUGUUCUACCGUUCUCUGAGGGAGUACUCCUUUGAGUAUGUCCGGCAGGAAACUGGAAUUGAUGAUAUUCCAGAUGUGAAAAAUGACUUUGCUUUUAUGCUUCAUAUGAUAGAUCAGUAUGACCCUCUGUAUUCCAAGAGAUUUGCAGUGUUCCUAUCUGAAGUAAGUGAAAACAAAUUAAAGCAGCUGAACUUAAAUAAUGAGUGGACUCCGGAUAAACUGAGACAGAAGCUGCAGACAAAUGCCCAUAACCGCCUGGAAUUGCCUCUCAUCAUGCUCUCUGGCCUUCCAGACACUGUUUUUGAAAUCACAGAGUUGCAGUCUCUAAAGCUUGAAAUCAUUAAGAAUGUCAUGAUACCAGCCACCAUUGCGCAGCUAGACAGUCUCCAGGAGCUCUCUCUUCACCAGUGCUCGGUCAAAAUCCACAGCGCGGCGCUCUCUUUCCUGAAGGAGAACCUCAAGGUCUUGAGUGUCAAGUUUGAUGACAUGAGGGAGCUGCCCCCCUGGAUGUAUGGCCUCCGGAACCUGGAGGAGCUCUACCUGGUUGGCUCUCUAAGUCACGAUAUUUCCAAAAAUAUCACCCUUGAGUCUCUGCGGGAUCUCAAAAGCCUUAAAAUUCUCUCUAUCAAAAGCAACGUUUCCAAAAUCCCGCAGGCAGUGGUUGAUGUUUCCAGCCAUCUCCAGAAGAUGUGCAUACACAACGAUGGCACCAAGCUGGUGAUGCUCAACAAUUUGAAGAAGAUGACCAAUCUGACAGAGCUGGAGCUGGUUCACUGUGACCUGGAGCGCAUUCCUCAUGCCGUGUUCAGCCUGCUCAGCCUCCAGGAAUUGGACCUCAAGGAAAAUAAUUUGAAAUCUAUAGAGGAAAUUGUUAGCUUCCAGCACUUGAGAAAGUUGACAGUGCUAAAACUGUGGCAUAACAGCAUCGCCUACAUCCCAGAGCAUAUAAAGAAGCUCACCAGCCUGGAGCGUCUGUCCUUCAGUCACAAUAAAAUAGAGGUGCUGCCUUCCCACCUCUUCCUAUGCAACAAAAUCCGAUACCUGGACUUGUCCUACAAUGACAUUCGAUUUAUCCCACCUGAGAUCGGAGUUCUACAAAGUUUACAGUAUUUUUCCAUCACUUGUAACAAAGUGGAGAGCCUUCCAGAUGAACUCUACUUCUGUAAGAAACUCAAAACUCUGAAGAUUGGGAAAAACAGCCUAUCAAUACUUUCACCAAAAAUUGGAAAUUUACUAUUUCUUUCCUAUUUAGAUGUUAAAGGCAACCACUUUGAAAUUCUCCCUCCCGAACUGGGCGACUGUCGGGCUCUGAAGCGAGCUGGUUUAGUUGUAGAAGACGCUCUCUUUGAAACCCUGCCUUCUGAUGUCCGGGAGCAAAUGAAAACAGAAUAACUUAUUUUUGUUUAAAGUUUGACUGAAACAUGCUUCUACCAAAUACAGUAUAAAUAAUUAGGUAGUCUUAAUGCCUUUCCUAUUUUAUUAUUUUUUUCUUUUUCACACAAAACAAAAUGUACACAAAGAUUGAGUAAGGAGUAUGUAUUUUUUAAUAAAAAUUUAAUUGUAUUUUUUCAA